AUGCCCCAUUUGAUGUAUCGAAUUAUUCUAGAAGGUCAUAGCGGUGUUAAUCAAUUAGGUGGAGUUUUUGUCAACGGACGGCCAUUACCAGAAACUAUUCGACAUCGAAUCGUUGAACUGGCUCGACAAGGCGCAAGACCGUGCGAAAUUUCACGGAAGUUACAAGUAUCAAACGGUUGUGUAUCUAAAAUCCUGGGUCGAUUCUACGAAACCGGCUCGGUUAAACCGAGAGCAAUUGGUGGCUCGAAGCCACGCGUAGCUACACCAGAUGUUGUAGCUAAAAUUGCAGAAAUCAAAGCUGAAAAUCCGUCGAUAUUUGCUUGGGAAAUUCGCGAACGUCUUCUAAAUGACGGUGUCUGCACACAAGACAAUCUCCCGAGUGUGUCUUCGAUUAAUCGAGUUCUACGCAAUCUAUCUUCCUCAUCAUCUCUAAAAUCAACCACUGAUUAUCAUCAAUAUCAAACAGGAGAAUUACAUUAUGACGGUUCAUCGUGUAAUCUAUUGAAUCCACCACCGAUCUGGACCGUUCUGGGAGGUACCAAUCCUGCGGCGAAUGUAUCUCACACAUGGCAUCAUCAUCAUCAUCACCAUCCUCAUCAACAACCAAUGACAACAGCAUCAACUACUACUACUACCACCACAAACGGGCAGAAUCUAAAUCUAAAAAAUGGACAUAAUUCCAUGACAAUAAAAUAUGAACCAUCGAAUGAUGAUGAGGAGAGCAUAAAUAAUGAUGAAGAAGAUGAACAUAGUACAAGUAGUGAUCCAGAUUCGAAAUUAUCGUCACGACAAAAGACUCAACGGAAUCGAACAGCUUUUACUCAAGAACAAAUUGCUGCACUGGAAAAAGAAUUCGAACACACACAUUAUCCGGAUGUCUACGUUCGUGAACGUUUAGCUAAGCAUAUUAGUCUACAAGAGAAUCGUAUUCAGGUUUGGUUUUCUAAUCGACGAGCUAAGUGGCGGCGUGAAGAGAAAGCACGGAAUCAAAGGCGUACACAUACAGCUUGCGAAUCGUCAACAGGAACAACGCCGGCGAGUAGUACAUCACGAAUUCCUACUGUUUCCCCUCCUCCUACAUCUCUAUCACAACCAACUGGAGCAUCAACGCUGUCAUCAUUGCCGCAUCCAACAACAUCUCCAUCGUCCAUGCCAGCUCCCCUUCCAGGUUAUAUCAUUGAAUCUGAUACUUCACAGCCACCUCCGAUCGGAUGUUAUUUUUCAAAUGGUACAAACGACAAUCGACAAACAAUGAUGAACAAAGGUUUUUCACCUUACUCAGUCAAUCCAUCGCAUAAUUACUCAUGUACAUCAUCUGGAUAUCCCUAUCCGUUAUCAUCGGUCAACUGCUAUGAUGAUGUUUCGUUUCCACCAUCGACAUAUACGCGACCGCCAUCUUAUCACUCGCAUCACAAUCCCGAUUAUCCGACAUUUUCAUCUAAUGUCAUGUGUCAAUCAUCAAAUUUUUUACAUCCAACAAUGCCCUUACAAUCGAAUCAUCUCUCAUCAACAUCGAGUUCAACUGGAAGCAAUACAUUUUGGGAUCGAUUUUAA